AUGUCGACACGUGGGAAGGAGCGCGCCAUGGCACUUUCUGGCUCAGGUUCGGCCUUGGGCCUGGAGGCGUCGGGGUCUCGCAGCUCCCGUGCGCCCCUGGUGGAGAGGGGCAGUGAGCCCGCCGCUGCCGAGGCCCCGGGGAGCCCGAGGGACCCCUCCUCCUUCACCCCAAGGGACCUGGAGGCGGCCCUGGGCAUGGAAGAUGAGGAGUCCGAGGGGCCCCUGCAGGAGCAGGACCUGGGAGAGGCUCGGGUGCAGCUGGUGCAGGGCCAGCAGGAGUGGAGGGAUGGCUGUGUCUACCGAGGCCAGUUCGGCCUGCAAACCAAGCUGGGCUUUGGCGAGUUCUCCUGGCCCACUGGGGAGAUGUACCAGGGCCAUUUCUACCGUGACCACCUCCAUGGCCUGGGCACCUAUACGUGGCCUGGGGGCACCAGUUUUACCGGCACCUUCUACCUGAGCUGCCGAGAAGGCCUCGGCUCCCUGUCCCUGAAGUCCAGGCUCUUCCAGGGACUGUAUAAGGCCGACCAUCGCUUCGGGCCAGGCGUGGAGACCUACCCUGAUGGCAGCCAGGACGUGGGGCUCUGGGCCCAUGAGCACCUCAUUAAGCUCUGCUUCCAGAUGCCCGGAAGCUUCUCCUUGCUCAGCUUCCCCGAGCUGGCCCACUGCCUCCAAAAUGGCCCGUCCAGGCUCAGUCUCUCAGAAGAAGAGGCAAUGGAGUGGGGCCUGGAUGAGUGCCAGGACCCCUUCUUCUACGAGUACAAGAAGUUCCUCCUGAAUGAUGACCUUGUGCUGCCCCCGGACAUGCCCACCUACUCCACGGACAAUGGCCACUUGCCCAUGACCUAUUCCCUCCGCAAGGACCUGGAGGCCCAGCUCUUUGUGGAUGACAUCCCACCCUUCGUGGAGGAUGGGGAGCCCUGGCUCAUCACAAACGAGACACCCCUGAUGGUCAGAAUCCAGAAGCAGGCAUACAGAUUCAGGAACAAGAAACACUUUACCAACUGGCACCUGGACGCCAUCAUGCAGGGAGACCGCAGCAGCUUCGCGCAUCACGGGCCCAGGGAGCGCCUGUCCAGGGAACUGAUCCUAAAGGCUGAGAGCGGAGACUACGACUGGAUCUACGGGGUCCUGCGGGACAACCUGGUCUCUGCCAACGUGGCUGACACCAAGGGCUACACCGUGCUUGCUGCCGCUGCUGUCUACAGCCACAUUCGGGUCAUCAGCCUCCUGCUGGACAGCGGUGCCGACGUGAACAAGCUCUCAGAUGAGGGCCUCUCGGUCCUCAACAUGUGCUUCCUCCUGCACUACCCCACCGAGACCUUCAAGGUCAACAUCGCCGAGCGGACAGGGCCAGAGCACCAGGAAGUGACUGUGAGAACCCCAGUCCUAUUGAGCACCCCCUUCCUGCCUGCCAAGGACCCCAUGAGACCCCUGGAGCAGGAGGAGCAGGCCCUGUGCCAGGACCAGGAGGAGCCAGCACUGGUGGCGCCGGACUUGGAGGCUGAGUCCGCAGGGCCAGACUUCUUCAGGAUGUCCCGGGAGCCAGGGAGGCCACCCCCCAGGCAAGGCCUGGACGAAGGGCUGGCCAGGGCUGACAAGGGCAGCAGCGAUACCACCUUCGACUCCAACGUCUGUGUCCAGAACUUCUCCAUCGACCUCUCCCCAGAGUUUCUGGAGCGCACGGCCCAGUUCUCUGGCCUGCUCAGGGCCCCGUCCGGGGGCACCCACAACUCCGACAGAGGUGCCCUGCAGAGGACGACGCUGUCCAUGGCCGAGCGUAGAAGGAGGUGGCAGACCAUCCAGCUGCUGCUGCACCGAGGCGCUGACCCCAACCUGUGCCACGUGCCCAUGCAGGUCUUGUUCUUUGCCGUGAAAGCCGCGGACGUGGACGGCGUGAAGCUGCUGCUGGAGAGCGGGGCUCGGACUGACAUCCGAUUCCCCCCGCAGCUGCGGUCACUGACCCCUCUCCACAUCGCGGCCGCCCUGCCUGGCCAGGAAGGCGUCCAGAUAACGGAGCUGCUGCUGCACGCCAUCACUGACGUGGAUGCCCAGGCAGCCGACCAGGACGAGGUGUACGGAGGAGCCCACCAGCAGCUGCCUCCCUCCUCCCUGAAGCUCAACAAUGAGCUGGGCCCCCCCAGCACCUACUACACCCCCUGCCCACCGGCCCCUGAGGGAGGCCGGACGCCGCUGCAUGUGGCCUGUGAGCGUGAGGACGACAGCAAGAGUGUCAGGGACAUAGUCCGACUCCUCCUCUCCCACGGCGCCAACCCCAACAUGCUGUGGAGUGGCCACUCCCCGCUGUCCCUGUGCAUCACCAGCGACAAAGACUUGAUUGUGAGGGAGCUCCUGGCCCAUGGUGCUGACCCUAACCUACCCCUGACCAACGACCUGGGCAAUGCCCUGUGCCUGGCCUGCGACCUGCACUUUGACCACCACCACAGCGUGGACCACAGGCUGACCCUGAUUGACCGGCUCAUCUACCAUGGGGCCAACAUCCUGAGUCCUGUGACGCUGACCCAGGGGGAUAAGGUGGCUGUGGGCACAGCAGUGGACUAUGGCUACUUCAAGUUCUUCCAGGACCGCAAGAUCGCACACUGCGCGUUCCACACGCUGCUGCCGGCUGAGCGGGAGACGUACCUGGCACGGAAGCGGCUGCUCGAGUACUUGGGCUUCCAGCUGCGCCGCGCAGUUCUGGCUGUCGAGAGCCAGUGGGACCUGCAGAAGCUGUCCCUGAGCAAGAGGGCUGAGCUGGCUCCCCCCAACAGGCUGACGAGGAAGAGCCUGGGAGCUCUUAAGUCUGAGGAAAUGGAGGAGGCAGAGGAGAUCCCCUUCUUCAAGUUCUGCUUCCAGUGCGGCCGCUCCGUGGGGGUGCGCCUGACCCCCUGCACGAGAUGCUACGGCAUCCUGACCUGCAGCAAGUUGUGCAGGACCAGGGCCUGGAAUGAGUACCACAAGCGGGACUGCGGUGCCAACAUUGCCCAGAGGAAAAGGCUCAUGACGUUGAACUUCCAGGUCCAGGAGCCCAUCUCCAACAUGUACCAGAGGGUUCGAUACUCCCAACUGCAGUGA